AUGUGCUACAAGGUCCACACGCACAGAAUGAUAUGCGACAUCCGCCCAACCAUAUCCUCCACCCAGACAGACUACCUUAACCCCUACGAAACGCCCCCAAUCUGCCCAUGCUCCAUCCCGAUCGCACAUUCCUGCCCAUCUCACGGCUGUUGCAGCCUCUCAAGUACACUCUACCGCUGCGCGAGACAGUGUCGUAAGCCGAUGCAUUAUCACAAGUACAUCAACGCUUCAAAAUCCCGCCGUCAAUCGCCAACGUGGCGCCGAAUCCGGGUCUUUGAUCGCAAUCCAGACUUUCGCACCGUUGAGUCCGCGGAAUUCCGGUUUGCCGUGUCUGAAUUACUCGACAUCGGAAGGAUUAUCCUCCAUGCUGAAAGAGAACUGGUAAAAGGGAGAUUGCGGGUUGAAAGGGAACAGCGUAGACAUGAGCGGGCCCAUGGCGCGUGCGCGAGAGUGUUGAAUGAUUGGGAAUGUGCAUGGAGGAGGAGAAUCAGGCGGAUAAAAGCUGAGGUGGACAAUUUGAAGUUGUGCACUGAGGUGUUGGGCGAGUGCUGGGUGAAAUACGUCGGGUUGCUGAGAAGGUAUGAGAGGCUGGGGCAGCGGAGGGUUAGUGGGAUUGUCGAGGAUCGGGAGCGGCGGAGACAUCGGAGUGGGGAUGUAGGUCAGAACCAGGAAAGUAGGCCGUGGAGAAAUGUGCGUAGGGAGAGUUGGGACGCUGGGCAGGAAAGACGAGACUCGAGGGAAAUGAAUGGUAGUGAAGAACGGCGUGGAGGUCGUCAAGAUGUUGAAGGUGCGGAGCGGCGUCGGAGCUGGUGGCGGAUUGUGUGA